AUGCCGAGUCGAGUUUCCGCCCGUUCAUCGACUAGCACCACGCGCAAGGCCUCUGCAGCAAGCAAUGCGUCAAGUGGUCGCGCUGGCUCCGCGACACCUUCUUUCGCCAUCCCUGAGGAGCCUGCAGAGCCUGAAGCCAUCCCGAACCUCCGCCGCGAUGUGUGCGCGAUUUUCGCCGACGCCCAACGUUCGACGACCGGUCACCGGAAGCUCGUCGUCCGAUUAAGAAAGAUCCAGGAGGCCUGCUGUGGCAUUUCCCAAAAGUCUUCCAAGAGAGGCGAAAAGAAUGCCGACUCCUCACAAGAGCGACUGAUUCCAGGGGAAGAGAUGAUACCUGAGAAGGAAUUCAACGUAGAAGUGGGCCGCUGCGUGUUACGCAUACUGACAAUCAAGAAGACGGAGCCAGUUGGCGACCGUAUUCUGCGCUUCCUUGGAAGCUUCCUUACUCAUGCCUCGGAGAAGGAUGCUGAGAUUUUCGGCUCCGAUGAGGAUGAGGACGACAUCCAGAAUACUCAUGAGAGGCCGACCGCGCACCUAACCACCAGCCUCGUCGCUCUUAUAGUCCCUCUAUUGUCCGCUAAGGACAAGAUUGUCCGUUUCCGUACCACGCAGAUUAUCGCACAUGUCGUCAAUUCUCUCGAUACAGUCGACGAUGAUUUAUACCAUACCCUGCGCCAAGGCCUUUUGAAGCGAAUCCGUGACAAGGAGCCUUCCGUCAGAGUACAGGCAGUGAUGGGCCUCGGUCGUUUAGCCGGUAAUGAAGAAGACGAGGAUGAAAAUGACGACAGCAAUGCCGCACUUGUGGAGAAACUCGUCGAUAUAAUGCAAAACGAUACAAGCGCGGAGGUUCGAAGAACGUUGCUACUCAACCUCCCUUUGAUCCCUUCCACCCUGCCCUACUUGCUUGAACGUGCCCGCGACCUCGAUGCGCCUACCCGGCGAGCGCUAUAUUCCCGGCUCCUGCCGACACUAGGAGACUUCCGACAUUUGUCUCUGACGAUGAGAGAAAAGCUGCUCCGGUGGGGUCUGCGCGACCGCGACGAGAGUGUCCGGAAAGCUACCGGCAAGCUGUUUUAUGACCGCUGGGUUGAGGACUGCGCAGGAACAAACGAUGAUCCCGAGAAAUCCGGCCAGCGCUCCCCCCCUAGUAUUCCCGCCCUGCUGGAACUUCUAGAGCGUGUUGAUGUCGUAAAUUCGGGAAUGGAAUCAGGUAUCGCACAUGAAGCGAUGCGCAGUUUCUGGGAAGGUCGCCCAGACUAUCGAGAGGCAGUUCUGUUCGACGAACAGUUUUGGGAGUCUAUGACAGCGGAGUCUGCUUUUCUCCUCCGCUCCUUCAAUGACUUUUGCCGCGUCGAAAAUGAAGGAAAGUAUGACAACCUCGCCGACGAAAAGAUUCCGGUGGUUACUGCGUUAGCGAUGUAUCUUCACAAGUACAUGACCAGUCUCCUACAGCGCAAGAAGCUUGCGAAGGACGCGACAGAUGUCAACGAUGACGAAACGCUCGAGGUUGAAUUCAUCGUUGAACAGCUCCUACAUAUUGCGAUGACGCUCGAUUAUAGCGAUGAAGUCGGUCGCCGGAAGAUGUUCUCCCUACUCCGCGAAGCCCUAGCUGUGCCCGAGCUUCCCGAAGAGUGCACAAAACUCACUGUCGAGACGCUAAGAUGCGUCUGCGGCCCCGACGCUGCGGCUGAGAGUGAAUUCUGCAGUGUUGUCCUCGAGGCGAUUGCUGAAGUUCACGACACAAUUAUCACCGAGGACAGCUUUGUUUCCGCGAAAUCCGAAAUCAGUGACGACGCCAGCAGCCGUGCCAGAUCUGAGACUCCAAUGAGCGAGGAUGACAAGCCGUUUAACAAGGAAGAAGCCAAGGCCAAGGUUCUCCGUGAGAUCGUGGUCAACAUGAAGUGUCUCCACAUCGCACUCUGCAUGCUCCAGAAUGUCGAGGGUAGCCUCCAGGCGAACAUGAACUUGGUCACCAUGUUGAACAACUUGGUCGUACCGGCUGUUCGGAGUCACGAAGCCCCAAUUCGAGAGAGGGGCUUGGAAUGUCUUGGACUUUGCUGUCUGCUUGAUAAGACCCUCGCUGAAGAGAACAUGAUUUUGUUUAUCCAUUGUUAUAGCAAGGGACAUGAGGCUUUACAGGCUACUGCUAUCCAGAUUCUAUGCGACAUGCUUACAAGUCAUCCUUCAUUGCUGGCUCCUGUCACUCAGGCCGACAAGGAGACGGUGUUACCCCCCUCUUUCCAGAAGCCCUUAUUGAAGGUCUUUGCUAGGGCCAUCAAAGCUAGCUCGCCAGGCACUGUGCAAACCGCCGCUGCCACAGCUCUCUCCAAACUCCUGCUCACCGGCGCCUUCACUCCUUCCGGCGCCAAUAUCCCACCCGCUAUCCGGGAAUUCAACCAGAACGCAAUUGAAACACUUCUCCAAUCCCUUGUCGUUUCAUUCUUCCAUCCACGAACUCGCGACAACCCCGCCCUCCGACAAUCCUUGGCCUACUUCUUCCCCGUCUAUUGCCACUCCCGUCCGUCAAACGCGCAGCAUAUGCGUAAAAUCACCGUGCCAGUGAUUCGAGCUGUCUUGAACUCGGCAGAGGAGUACUACUCUCUCGAAGCCGAGGAAGAUAGCGACGGCGAGAUCGACGAGAAUGUCGGCCAGAAGGAGCUGAAGGCUCUGAUGACUGGUGUUCUGGGCAUGCUUUCUGAGUGGACCGAUGAGCGCAGAGUUGUCGGACUCGGUGGUGAAAGAUUGCUUGCCGGAGGUUCUGCCAGUUCCAAUGUAUGCGGAUUCAUCCACCUGGAGCUGGUAAAGGACAUUCUGGAGCGUGUACUCGGCAUCAGUGAGGGCACCAACCGGUGCUCCAAGGAAGAGCGGAAGCUCUUGUUCUCACUCAUGGGCAAGCUUUAUAUUGCACCUCCAGCCGCGCCAUCGCGCUCAGCUUCUCAGAAUCCCGAAAACGAUGAUCCGUUCCGCUCCAGUGUUCGAAGCGCACAGGGCAGCGAGAUCACCCAGGAGAACCUUGCUUUGGCCCAGGAAGUCAAGGAGCUGCUAGACCAGACCAUUGAGGAAGGCAUGGCAGCCGAUGCCGCAGGCCGGAAUGCUCUCGUCAAGGUUAAGAACGUUGUGCUCAAGCUUCUUGCGGCCCCAACGAGCACGCGGCCCGCUAGUUCUCGCGGAGCUCGGGAGAGCAGUGUUGAAAGUGAUAUUGCGAGUGUUCGGUCAAGAAGUGUUCGGCCGUCGGUUGAGCCCGGGUUUUCGCGUCGUGGUGUCUCCGUGGAGCCUAGCAUUAUGGAAGAGGAUGAGAAUGAGGAUAGUCGCAUGACUGUUAUCAAGGAAGAGGGACUAUUUGAUUUACAAUCGAGCUAG